CGAAGCAAGGUUUGGCAGAAUGGACGGCUGCCUUGAUUACAAUUAAUUUUUCAUAAUACAUUUAGCUAACCAUCAUCGCCAUCCAAACACAACUGUGCAUUUAUCUGAUACAUGUAUCUUCUGUUUUGGCGUCAAGAGGAGUGCACGAGAAAGAAAAAACGCCUUGUUCUGGAGUCUGACCGGUAUAACGACACAGAUGGGACUGCACCAUAUAACAAGCAACCACGUUUCCCAUUUAAAGUUUUGGAUGAUGCUUCAACAUAAGGAUUGUAACUGAGUUCACACGAAUAAGGGACACGUUUCGGGUCAAUGAAUGUGUUUUUCCAAGUGAAAACAUGGCUAGUUAGCUUCAGCCAGCUAACUAGCUAAAGUGCUAACUGCAUCAGUCUGAAACAGGGUUGAGAUGUUCGUCUAUAUUUGGACCGAAGCUAACUAAUCCAGGUAGCUAGCUAGCCACUGACAACAUUUCUGUGACAAGCUGUCAAACCCAUUGUAUGUAGGAUUCUUUUUAUAUGGUGAUUAUUGAUUGUGCGUGUUGGGAAAACUUGCAGAUCGAAACUUUGAUCACAUCUGCAGGCGGAGUUGUGGAAACAAUGUUUCAUUGACAUCGCAAAGUUAGCCUGCUUGCUACCAAACGUGACUUCAACGCUACUGUCCUCGACCAGUCAAUGGAAUUCCGAAUGAGUCAUUUCGGGUGUUGUCCUCCAAAAAUCGAAAAGCAGGAGGACGGCUUCUAGAAUCUUACAAAAGCUUAUUUCUCAUCCCGCUACACGUGGGAUGAGACCGAUAUUGAAAGGAAUAAAAUCUGAAUGUUUCCAAACAUGGGGUCGUUAAAAGCACUUCAAGAAUGGUGUCGGAUACAAUGCGAGAGUUACAACGAUGUAGACAUCAAGAACAUGUCAUCGUCUUUCCGGGAUGGCUUGGCAUUCUGUGCCAUAAUCCACCGAUAUAGACCGGAUUUGAUAGACUUUGACUCCCUCUCCAAAGAGAAUGUCUACGAGAACAACCGUCUGGCGUUUGAGGUGGCGGAGGAGGAGCUGGGAAUCCCUGCUCUGCUGGACCCAGAGGACAUGGUAUCCAUGAAAGUGCCUGACAGGCUGAGCAUCAUCACCUAUGUCUCCCAGUACUACAACUUCUUCACCAACAAGUCCCAUGCCAACCCCCCCUGCUUGAAGAGGUCCAGUGGUACAGGCCACAUUGAGCCGGCCCAGAAGAGACCGGUGGCCCCUCUGGAAGACAAAGUGGUUGAGCCCGAGCUGAGUCUACCUGGUCCGAUGGGUACGGACGGGGGGGUACAGGCGGGGGUGAAGCGUAGCACCCUCAGCAGCAGCUGCGCCGCCUGCCAGAGGCACGUCCACUUGGUGCAGAGGUUCCUGGUCGACGGCAAGCUCUACCACCGCAACUGUUUCAGGUGUAGGGAGUGUAGCAGCACUCUGCUGCCUGGGUCCUACAAGCUAGGAAACGAGGUCGGCUCCCUGGUCUGCACGCAUCACUUUGCCAGGUCUGCCUUAGCCAAUCAGAACGGCCGACCGGACCUAAGUAAGCGACCGACAACGGUUCCGUCCGUCAGGAUUGGUCGACCCAUGCUGCCUCAAACUUCUCCUCCUUCUGGGAGGGACCAGGCGGCAAAGACUCCGGCUCAAGAGACUCCGGCUCAAGAGACUCCGCCCCAAGAGACGCCACCAAAAGAGACGCCGCCCCAAGAGACGCCGCCCCAAGAGACGCCGCCCCAAGAGACGCCUCCCCAAGAGACGCCUCCCCAAGAGACGCCUCCCCAAGAGACGCCUCCCCAAGAGACGCCUCCCCAAGAGACGCCGCCCCAAGAGACGCCGCCCCAAGAGACGCCGCCCCAAGAGACGCCGCCCCAAGAGACGCCGCCCCAAGAGACUCCGCCACCAAAAGAGACUCCGCCAAAAGAGACUCCGCCCCAAGAGACUCCGCCCCAAGAGGGUGUCACCAAUGAGGAUUACACCCCCACACCAACCAAUGACUCUGACUCUACACCAUGUCCUAUCUCAACGACAAAAACUGACUCUUUGAAAACAGAGAAAGAGAGGGAAGACAGUGCGGGAGAAAGAGAGGUCAAACCUCCACCCUCCAUUCCUCCCAACCCUUUCGAUGACAUCGAGGAGGGGGAGGAGACUCCGGCACCAGCCAAAGACACAGCCAAUGGGGUUAUCCCUCCUACACCUGUCAGUCAUCUAGGACUAGGGAACAGUAAGCCAGUCCCCAUCCCUCGCCGCUUGUCACAGCCCUCCCCUCCACCUCGUCCCGCCCCCAGGGUCCGCCCACCCCGCGUUGACAACCUUGCGGUCAAUGGUGAUCAUGGUGAACACAGGAGAUCUCUUCCUCCAGCUCCCAGACCUCGGGAAAGAUCCCACUCCCCUGGAAGCUCCUGUCUCUCCAGCGACGCCCCCAAACCCCCUAACCCGCCCUGGUUGGCCCUCGUCCAAUCCCAAGAACCCAAGAAGAAAGCAGCACCUCCCCCUCCCCCUGGAGUGGCCACACCCCCACACACUGGUUCGUUAUCUUCUCUAAAAGGGGAGGGCUACAGACCAGCCACGCCCCCUGCACCCGCCAACCCCUUCGAUGAGGAAGUAGAGGAAGAGGAGGUGGGGUUAGGGGAGGGGUCAGUAGGAGGUUUGGUUUCUCCCACUGUGGUGGUGAGUCAUCCGUGGUACAGCAUCUCCCAGGCUGCAGACGCUGCAGCUGACCCAGACACGCCCCCCAUUGGGGGUAUUUCCUCCCGCUCUGCAAGUCCCAAUGGCUCCAGGUGCAAGAAACGCCCGGCGCCCCCAAAGCCUGUUCCAAAGGCCCCCGGCUCUAACUCAGCCCUUCCUCACUCCCAGCCCUCCUCUUCCUCUCCCUCUCCAGCUAUUAGCAUAGAGAGCCUAUCCUCUGCCUCCGACCAUAGCUCCUCCCACCCAGCUUCCCUAGGGGGCAGAGCCACAGGCGAUCAGGACAACCCCUUCACCAAGAGCGUAUCAGAGCCCUCCAUCUGUGGGCCCUGUGGUGGCUCCACCCCCUCCACCUCAGCCAAUCGCCUCUCUCCGAGCCCCUCCCCUUCUCCCCAGCCAGCCAAUCCUAGCUCGGCUCCGGCCACUCCGCAGAGCAAUCGGAGUGCCAGGCCCCCGCCCCCAAGACCCCCGACGACACCCAGCCCCCUGGCAGCAUCAAGUGCUAUCCCAGUUCCACCCCCCAAGCGGACUUGUAAGGAAAACCCUUUCAACAGGAAAGCUUCUUCCUCCCCCGUUUCCUCCCCUAAAACCAGACCCCCUAGAGGCCCUCGCCCCGCCCGGCCCCCCGCACCUGGACACGGCUUCCCCCUCAUCAAACGCAAGGUGCAGUCAGACCAGUACAUCCCAGCAGAGGACAUCCAUGGAGAGAUGGGAGAGCUGGAGAAACAGCUGGAUGAGCUGGAGCAGAGAGGAGUGGCUUUGGAGCGAAAACUACGAGAUAACCCCAAUGAUGAGGAGGAGGAGACUUUGCUGGUGGACUGGUUCACUCUGAUCCAUGAGAAACACCUGCUGGUGCGCCGCGAGGCUGAGCUGGUCUACACGGCCAAGCAGCAGAACCUGGAGGAGAGGCAGGCUGACGUAGAGUAUGAGCUGAGAUGUCUUCUUAACAAGCCAGAGAAAGACUGGAAUGAGGAGGACAAGGGCAGGGAGCAGGAGCUGAUGACAGAGCUGGUCACCGUCAUCGAACAGCGGAACCAAAUCAUCAACAACAUGGAUCAGGACAGGCAGAGGGAAGAGGAAGAGGAUAAGCUGGUGGCGACCAUGUUGAAGAGAAAAGACUUCCAGAAGGAGCCAGCAGCAGAGGGCGAGCAGCAGCAGCAACAGAAGAAGAAGAAGAAGAAGGAGAAGUUCAAACCCAUGAAGGUUCUGAAGAGGUUGAGUGUGAACCAAGGAAAAGGUGGCAGCCCACGCAAGGAGAUGGCAGAGAAGGACAAGAGCUGAACAAGGUACGGAAGGAUGGAUGUGGAUGAUGGAUGGAGGAAAGGAAGAGGGAUACCAUCCUUUACAGAGGGACAUAUCAGAUGGAAAGAGCGAGGAAAUGACAGAUGGAAACAAAACACGGUGGAGGGAAGAGAAGGAAAAACAACACAGGAUUCUCACAGCUGUGUUAAAGACUGUAAUGUGUGCAACCUGUAAUUUGCUCCCCCUUCCUCUUACUGUAGCAUAACCUUCUAAUCGCUCCUCCCUACCAGAGUAUGUGAGCAGAGUUAAGCGGUUGGGAAUCCCUCUCGCGCUAGCGAUCCACCUCUUUUCAACUGCUCCGCUAAAAACCGUUCUGCGCUCACAGGGAAAAAAUGGCCGCUCCAAAUUCGCUCCGUUCAUUAAAAUCACAAUUUAACCAACACCCAUCUAUUUUUGUGACUACCUUGACUUACCAUUUGGUAUUCAAGUAAUGAAACCAAACCAUAUGAUUUGAAUUAAAAGUAUUUGAAUAAACAAAUACGUUGGACUAUGCCAAGCCUAUUUCUUUUAGCAUGUGCAUAUGGUAAGUACACCAUCAUGCUUUCGGGAUGCGUGUCUUUUCAGAUUCCACGAUUUGAUUCUUUAGUUGUGGACGCUACAUCGCCGCAAUCACUCUCUUGCUCUUGGUCCUCAUCUUGUAAGUCACCUUGAUUUAGCACCGGUGUGUUUUAGCAGUUUCUUUAUGAAAAUAUUUAGUGAACUGCAUGACAGUAGCUAAAGCAAGGGGUUAUAGCAGCACACAAGUAGACUACAGAUGCAUGCUGGACCGGGCAUGCCCUGAGCUCGUGAACGAAAUUGGAGCGGGCCAGAAGGCUGACGCUCCAGCCUUUGGGAAUCUCGCUCCGAGACUCCAGUCAAAUUGGGAUCGCUCCACUCCGCUCACAUACUCUGCUCCCUACUGCAGCUCCUCGCUCCACUCCGCUCACAUACUCUGCUCCCUACUGCAGCUCCUCGCUCCACUCCGCUCACAUACUCUGCUCCCUACUGCAGCUCCUCGCUCCACUCCGCUCACAUACUCUGCUCCCUACUGCAGCUCCUCGCUCCACUCCGCUCACAUACUCUGCUCCCUACUGUAGCUCCUCGCUCCACUCCGCUCACAUACUCUGCUCCCUACUGUAACUCCUCGCUCCACUCCGCUCACAUACUCUGCUCCCUACUGUAACUCCUCGCUCCACUCCGCUCACAUACUCUGCUCCCUACUGCAGCUCCUCGCUCCACUCCGCUCACAUACUCUGCUCCCUACUGCAGCUCCUCGCUCCACUCCGCUCACAUACUCUGCUCCCUACUGCAGCUCCUCGCUCCACUCCGCUCACAUACUCUGCUCCCUACUGCAGCUCCUCGCUCCACUCCGCUCACAUACUCUGCUCCCUACUGCAGCUCCUCGCUCCACUCCGCUCACAUACUCUGCUCCCUACUGCAGCUCCUCGCUCCACUCCGCUCACAUACUCUGCUCCCUACUGUAGCUCCUCGCUCCACUCCGCUCACAUACUCUGCUCCCUACUGUAGCUCCUCGCUCCACUCCGCUCACAUACUCUGCUCCCUACUGCAGCUCCUCGCUCCACUCCGCUCACAUACUCUGCUCCCUACUGCAGCUCCUCGCUCCACUCCGCUCACAUACUCUGCUCCCUACUGUAACUCCUCGCUCCACUCCGCUCACAUACUCUGCUCCCUACUGCAACUCCUCGCUCCACUCCGCUCACAUACUCUGCUCCCUACUGCAGCUCCUCGCUCCACUCCGCUCACAUACUCUGCUCCCUACUGCAGCUCCUCGCUCCACUCCGCUCACAUACUCUGCUCCCUACUGCAGCUCCUCGCUCCACUCCGCUCACAUACUCUGCUCCCUACUGCAGCUCCUCGCUCCACUCCGCUCACAUACUCUGCUCCCUACUGUAACUCCUCGCUCCACUCCGCUCACAUACUCUGCUCCCUACUGCAGCUCCUCGCUCCACUCCGCUCACAUACUCUGCUCCCUACUGUAACUCCUCGCUCCACUCCGCUCACAUACUCUGCUCCCUACUGCAGCUCCUCGCUCCACUCCGCUCACAUACUCUGCUCCCUACUGCAGCUCCUCGCUCCACUCCGCUCACAUACUCUGCUCCCUACUGCAGCUCCUCGCUCCACUCCGCUCACAUACUCUGCUCCCUACUGCAGCUCCUCGCUCCACUCCGCUCACAUACUCUGCUCCCUACUGCAGCUCCUCGCUCCACUCCGCUCACAUACUCUGCUCCCUACUGUAGCUCCCAUGAUGCUCUUUCAAAUACUGCCACUCCAAUGCGUUCUGUACUGUAUAUAUUUGAAGUAGCCUUUGUGUGAAGAGAAAGUUAACUCAACUGCUUUAAGACUAAAACCUUAAGAAACAUCUGAAGACUGAAUUGAAGAGGUAUAUUUUCUGUAGCUUUGAGGUUCAGCGCAAUAUGUGGUUUCUUCUAUCCCUUUUCAUUAUUAAUUUCCACAUUGUGACCCAGGCCUUUUUUAAAUCGGCUUUUAACAAAGAUAUAAAUACUAUGACUGCAGGUUUCUUACCAUUUAUCAGUCUCUUAUCAUGAUAGAAACUAAAGAAGAACACUCCCUCAUCUCCUGCCUAUUCAGUGGUCCUAAGGUUUUCCCUUUGUUCAUGGACGUUGCGUACGUCUCAUUGUCUGUAGAUUGGAUACAGAACGAAGAGUUGUGUGUGUCAGUCAGUUGUCUGGUUUGAGUCUGUGGUACUUCUGAACUAUUGUGAAUCUUUUUAAAAGAGGAACCCAUUGUUGUGAGUAAAUACUGCCAGUUAAGAUGGAGUAAUGACAACCCAAAUAAUGACUCUAGCUUUUAGCGAAAUGGUUCUUUCUUAACUAGCUACUUACCAUGUUUUCCAAAUCACUGACUAUUGGACUGUAGAUAUUAUAUUGGACAAUGUUUAGGGUUGGAUAAUCACGGUCUGAGAAUGAGACGUAUGACCGACAGGUAAGAAAUAGUUAAGAUGGAAUGUAAGUAAUGACUUUAUACAAGGAAUGUAAAGCAGUGUAUUUAACUAACUUAGGUGUAUCCAUGACAGGUCACUGACUUAAUAGUAUUACAGAAUCUGACCAGAUUUACAACUGAAACAAGUGUGAACAGUUCUAGGGGCUACAUUAUACAAUAAGGAUUGUAAUAAAUAUAUAUAUAUGCAUGCAGUGUGUACAAAAUAUUAAGAAUACCUUCCUAAUAUUGAGUUGCACCCACUUUUGCCCUCAGAACAGCCUAAAUUC